AUGCCUCCUGCCGCGCGAGCCCUCAGACAGCGCACUGUCACCAACGAGAAUGACGAGAACGCUGCUACCACGCGCAUGACGCGCGCGAAGGCCGCGUUGGGCUCUCACGAGUCGGCCGCCGACGUGCCAAAGAAGGGUCUCCAGGUGAAGAAGUCGACCGCAACUCUCAAUGGCGCUGCUGGCACGCGGAAACGUGCUGCCCUCGGCGAGGUCACCAACGUCACCAAGACGGAGACUGUCGGUGCUGGCGGCAAGGUUGGUGGAAAGAAGCCGUUGACCACCAAGGUUGGGCCCGUCACCCAAGCCUCCCGCCCCACCAAGAUUGAAAAGGCUUCGCGACCUGCAACACAGUCGAUCCUGUCCAAGGAGAAGAGGACCAUGUCGUCGGAGCUGAAGCGCCCCCUGAGUGGAUCUGGUAUUGCAGGUCAGCCAGCCAAGAAGCGUGCCACUACCAGCAAUGGCUCAAAGAAGGAGGAUGUUGAGGAGGCCGAAAACGUUAUGCCGGCGCAGAAUGUCACGGCCAAGCCCGAGGUCACCAAGCCCACGACCAAGGUUGAGGUGCUCGAGGAGGAGCUUGAGGAACCCAUCACCGAGGCAUUCGUUGACCUCGACAAGGAGGACGUCGACGAUCCACUGAUGGUCUCGGAGUACGUCGUUGAGAUCUUCGAGUACUUGAAGGAGCUGGAAAUUGCGACCAUGGCAAACCCAGACUACAUGGAGAACCAGAACGAGCUUGAGUGGAAGAUGCGCGGUAUUCUUGUCGACUGGUUACUUGAGGUCCACACUCGCUUCCGCCUCCUUCCCGAGACUCUGUUCCUCGCUGUCAACAUCAUCGACCGCUUCCUCUCCGCCAAGGUCGUCCAGCUUGACCGCCUUCAGUUGGUCGGUGUCACAGCCAUGUUCAUCGCCUCGAAGUACGAGGAGGUACUGUCACCUCACGUGCAGAACUUCCGCCACGUCGCCGAUGACGGCUUCACCGAGGACGAGAUCCUUAGCGCUGAGCGCUUCGUCCUCGCUGCCCUGAACUACGAUCUGAGCUACCCAAACCCCAUGAACUUCCUCCGUCGUAUAUCCAAGGCCGACAACUACGACAUCCAGACCCGCACCCUCGGCAAGUAUCUCCUCGAGAUCGGCUGCUUAGACCACCGCUUCCUUGCGCACCCUCCUAGCCAGGUCGCUGCAGCAUCGAUGUACUUGGCUCGUCUUGUCCUGGACCGCGGCCCAUGGGAUGCUACUCUCGUCCAUUACUCCGGUUACACGGAGGAGGAGAUCCAGCCCGUUCUGCAGCUCAUGAUCGACUACCUCUCCAGCCCUGUCAUUCACGAGGCUUUCUUCAAGAAGUAUGCUAGCAAGAAGUUUUUGAAGGCAUCCAUCGUCCUCCGUCAGUGGGCCAAGAAGUACGUGGCUGAAUAUGGCAACGUCCUCGAGCAAUCAGAGGAGGAGGACUCGCAGCCGCGCACCAAGCAUUGAAUAACGCCCCAGUAAUCGAGCGACCUGCUUCAAUCAAGCGUUCGCACUGAACCAACACGGCUGCGCGCCCACUCAUCCAUUGGAUUUAGCCAGCCUAUUCAUGUUUGCAUCUUGGCUAUACCAUUUUCAGUCGGCGUUAAUACAUGGGAUACACUCUGCCCUCUUAGGCCUUCCUCGUGUCCCUUUUGUUUCUUUGUCUACAUUUUGGAGCGGAGUCCGGCGUCCCGUCAUCGCAAUGGCGCAUAUGGAGCUUUGCUUUUCAUCAAUUCCAUCUUCAUUUCUCUGAUAGCGGCUCUGGAUACUCGCUCAUACUAGCGAACGAUAUACCAAUGAUGGUUGAUAUGAGAGGCUAUUGCUUGGUGGAGAAGACACUAGAUUGAUAGUUGGCGGUAUGAACGAGGGCAUGUAUGAUUAGGCCCUCGGCGUGUAUGAGUAGGAUGCACGCACGCAAUGUCUCGUGUCGCAUAGAAGCAAAGCCAAUCGAAAAGUUCAAAAUUCAUUUUG